GAAGAUAGGAUGCUUCCUUGAUCUCUGGAAAAACCUAAGAAUUAAAGAGAGCAUGUGGCAGCAAAAAUAAGGAAGAUGUGGCUAAAAGAUGGGGAUGCAAACACAAAAUUUUCCCACAAUUGCAUAAAGGGCAGAUGGAGAAGAAAUGAGAUAAACAACAUCCAGGUUAAUGGAAAGCAGCUAAAAGAAGAGGUGGCAAAGCUAAAAGAAGAGGUGGCAAAAUACUUUCAAGAACUGUUCAUAGAAGACAAAUGGCAAAGACCAAAGCUGGAUGGCAUCAACUUCAAACAACUAUCCCAAACAAACAAUGAACUCCUUAUGGCUAAAUUCUCAGAAGAAGAAGUAAAAAACGCAGUGUGGGAUUGUGAGCCAACAAAGUCCCCGGGGCCUGACGGGUUCAAUUUUAAGUUCAUUAAGACCAUGUGGGAGGACAUAAAACAUGAUAUUAUUGGCUUUGCUCAGGAAUUUCAUGAACAUGGCAAGUUGGUAAAAGGAUCAAAUGCAUCCUUCAUAGUCUUAAUCCCAAAGGUUGAAAACCCCCAAGGAAUUGAAGAAUACAAACCCAUCUCAUUCAUCGAAGUCAUGUUCAAGAUUCUAUCAAAGCUAUUAGCUAACUGCCUUAGGAAAGUACUGGAUAAGAUCAUCGGGGAGCAACAGAUGGCAUUCAUAAAGGGCAGACAGAUGCUGGACGAGGUGGUGAUUGCAAAUGAGGUGAUUGAUGAGUCAAAGAGGAAAAAGAUGCAAAGCUUUCUACUCAAACUAGACUUCAAAAAAGCUUAUGAAAAGGUUUGUUGGGACUUUAUUGAUUACAUGUUAUUGAGAAUGGGGUUUACUACCACAUGGGGAAAUUGGAUAAAGGAAUGUCUACAAUCGAGUAUAAUAUCAAUUCUCAUUAACGAAAGUCCAACAAGACAGUUCCCAAUUAGCAAAGGGAUAAGACAAGGUGACCCACUAUCCCCUUUUUUGUUCUUAAUAGUGGCAAAGGGAUUGAAUGGAUUAUUGUUAUCUGCAGUGGAUAAGAAAGUGUACAAGGGAGUGAGGAUAGGUAAUGGAGAUGUAAUGGUAUCCUACCUCCAGUUUGCAGAUGAUACAAUAUUUUUUGGCGAAGCAUCAGAAGAAAACAUUCAAGUCAUCAAAUGCAUUCUGAGGACCUUUGAGUUAGUUUCAGGACUGAAGAUCAACUUCGAAAAAAGUCAGCUAAUGGGUGUUGGGGUUAAGGAAGAUUGGAAAAAGAAAAUGGCAUACACUCUUCACUGUAAAGAGGGUGAGCUUCCUUUCAAGUACCUGGGAAUUCCAAUUAGAGGGAAUCAUAGAAAGUUAGCAAUGUGGAAACCACUGGUGAAUUCUUUCAAAAAGAAACUAGCAAGUUGGAAGGGCCGAAAUUUAUCGUUGGGAGGUCAAAUCACGCUUAUAAAUUCUGCGUUGUCCAACUUACUUGUGUUCCUGAUGUCAGCCUACCUAAUCCCCAAAGGUAUACUCUAAUCUUUAGAUAAAAUUCGUAGACAUUU